UUGCCGGUCGCCGUCCGUUCGCCACCGCCGCCGUCGCCAUCCGUCGGCCACCACACAAUCACCCGCCGCCGAAAAGGGAGAUGCUACCGACGACGACGUCGGCCACCGAUGAACGCCUGUUGCAGCGGAGUGCGGCCGCUGUCGUCAUGGUCGCCGGCGAGCUCGCCAUCGGACGUGGUUGUUGAGAUCGAAGUGGCCGAUGAUGGUGGCGCUGUGAAGAUCUGGCGAGGGCGAGGCGAGAUCCGGCGAUGGAGGGGCGGCGCUGGGUGUGGUCGGAGGCGACGGGCGGUGGUUGUGUGCUGUGGUGCCGCCGUCUCUGUGUGUGUGUGUGUGUGUGAACUGCGUGCGUGUGUGUGUGCGUGA